UUGUAUAUUUUCAUCAAAACAAAUCAAAAUUUUGCCAUUUUUUUCGGAUUCUACAUUCAAUCCUAUUGUUCAUUUGAUUCAACAAAAAAAAAUCAUGGCACCAGAAUCACUUGAAAAAUUAUCUAAACCGGUAUUUAUAACCAGUCAUGUUAUACAUGGUUUUGGUCGUGGUUCAAAAAAAUUAGGAUGUCCAACAGCUAAUCUUGAAUAUGAUGUUGUACAAAAAAUUCAACUUGAUUCCGGUAUCUAUUAUGGUUUUGCUCAAUUACUUGAUCCACCAUCACGAUCGACAACAACAAAGACAAAAACAACGGCAGCAAAGACGAUGGAAAAUAAUAAUGAUAAUCAUCAUACAAAUAAUAUUGAAGAUUUAAGUAUUUAUCGAUCAACAAGUCCUUUGAAUCCAAUAUAUCCAACAGUAUUUUCACUUGGUUGGAAUCCACAUUUUGAUGAUGUUAAACAACGUACACUUGAAGCACAUUUAUUACAUUCAUUUGAUGAUGAUUUUUAUAAUAGUACAAUACGUGUUGCUAUUUGUGGUUAUAUACGACCAGAAAGAAAAUUUAAUUCAUUAGAUGAAUUAAUCGAUACAAUUAAAGAUGAUAUAAGAAAAACAAAAAUUGCAUUACAACGACCGGAACAAGAAUGGUCAUCAAUAAUAAAUGAUUCAUUUUUCUUUGUCGAUGAUAAUUCUUCAAUGAAAAUGAAAAAAUUAUCGAUAAUUAAUAAUCAUAAUCAUCAUCAUGAUGAAAAUAAUGUUCAUAUUCAUAACAACAAUAAUUAAUUUCAAUUCAUUUUCAUCAUCAUCAUUAUUGAAAUCUUCAGUAUUCCAUCGAAUGAACAAAAUUAUCUUUCUUUCUCUCUCUCGCAACCAGGGUUUCAAAUUGUUAUUCUUCUCCAAAAAAAAGAAAUUCGCAUUUCAACAAAUUAUUAAUUCAAAAAAAACACUAAAUAUUCACCAAGUGCAAUUAUAUGAUAUAUUCAACA